AUGAUUCAACAGGUACGCUUCGGCCCAAAGGAUGGCCGGCCUGGAAGACGCGAGCACCAUAAGUUUGGCGCCGCAGAUCGGAAGGGGACGUUCUACUACCGCUUUCACAAGCUGAUUGGAAAAGCAAACUGGCGAAAGUACACAGAGCGGUACAUUGCUCCGCGUGCUGUGGAAAAUCGGCAAAGGUGGAUUCCAACACCUUUUCCCACGUGGACACAAGGCAAACACGCGCAUUCGUGGAACUGGCGUCUGCCCAAGGGCUUGGCAGCUGCCACAUCGGCUGACGAAGUGCUCGAGGUGUGGGUACAGUUCCGGCACAAGCACCCGAAGAGGACUUUCCAUUACUUCAAGGUCCUCAAGCGGCUCACAGAUGUUGGAGGCUGUGAAAGGACGGACUGGCGUUUGCGAUUCAUUACGUCCAGACUUCGCAGAAUCCAUCGCAAAGUACUCAACCUGCCUCGCUUAGCAAAGUACUAUGCCGAGCUCAAAUGCAUCGAUGAAAUGGAGCACGUAUCCCGGUUUUUGAGGAAGAUGCUGCCCAAGUAUACAUCUCACCAGCUUGUUCUCGUCGCCCAUGCGUUCGCCAUCGCAAAGCUGCAGGACAAGCACAUGAUGGAAGAGAUUGCUAGACUGGUGGAGCCGCAGCUCAGUGAAAUAACGCCUCUGGAAAUGGUCCGAUUAGCUCAGGCAUACGCAAGCACGGAAGUGUGCCACUACACGCUGCUGGGGCAAAUAUCGGCGCAAGCGCAAGUGCGUGUUCAACAAGCUUCUGAGCGGCAGGGCAUUCCAGGGUCCUGUCCAUCAUUUCAGCAGCUUGCAGAGCUGGCCGAUGCCUUCGCCCGGCUGAAGUUCCAGGACUACUCCUUCCUGGAGAUGGCGUCCUUCCAGGCAGAUGCGCUGCUAAAGGAAGGCCAUCCUGGUCCAACACCGCCGGCGCUGGCGUUGUUGUGCAAAGCAUGCGCCCGACUGAAGGUGCAUGAAGUGCAGCUCUUCGAGGCCGUCCUCGCCCACAUAUCUGAACACUGGUACGAUUAUCCUGCCUCCUGCCUGGCUGACAUUGGCUUGGCUCUAGCGCCCGUCAUGCCAACCACAGACCAAGUCACGGAUGUGUACAGACGCAUGUUCAACCAGAUCCGUCAGGACCGUGACACUUUGACUUUGAGGGGAGUUGGUAUAGCUGCCCGCUUCAUGGCCGAAGUGGAUCACAAGGGGGAGUUCAUGCCGGGCCUGGCCCAGGCACUCUCACGGCGACUCAUGGAUUUCAAAGAUGAGACCAAGGAGUGCUAUGACGUGGCGCGCGUUGCAGAGAUCUUCUCCAAACGUUGUCCAGACGAGAGCGCAGUGUUCUCGACGCUUUGCCGACACUUGCAUCGACACCUUGGCUUCUUCGAGCCUGUGGAUUUCGUUCGGUUUGCCAGAGGCUUGGCCGCAGCUGAGUAUCGGGAUGACCGUGUCGCCCAUGCGCUACCCAAGUGGGCAGAGAAGCGGUUCAGGGAGUUCUCCCCGCACGACUGGGAUUCCUUUGUCACCUCGAUGGGCAAACUUGGAACCUCCAAUGAAAGGCUGUCUCGACUUCGCGAGAUCGGUCCCCCGCCGCCCACCGAGCCCGCCACCUUUUCUGGGGGUCAGGCAGCACUUUCAGCCAGGUCCACACGGGAGCAAGUCACGGCCCCGUAG